AUGGGCUGCUAUAAUACGAAAUUGCAAAAAACUGGGUUGACAUCUUCAGCCUAUAAAUAUGGUAUUGAUACUUAUUUGGACUAAAAUUUAAAUUCGCAAUAUUCGGAAAAUCAAGAGUCUGAUAAGUCAAUUCAAAGUCUAAAUGGGGGAACAAGAGCCUCUACAGCUAUAUCACUGAGUACAGUUGAUGUUAAAUCAAAGAGAUCUAUAUUUAAACUUCAAAAAGUUAGGGAAUUAAUUACUCUGCCAAAUGGACAUCAGAACUAAGUAAAAUAAAUAUUAAAAAUGGAUUAAAACAGACUACUAUCUAUUGGAAAUGACUGUCAGAUUAUUAUUUGGGAUAUGAUUACCAUGACUAAAUUAUAUGCAUUGGACACUAAAUAGUCUGUUUAUUUGGCAUGCGUGAUACCGAACAGGUUACUGAUUGGAAUACUUGGAUAGAAUAGAGACAAAUUAUAUGCUUGGAAUAUUCAAGGCCAAUUCAAGUCUAAUGCUACUGAAUUAGUUGAUUCUCUAAAACUUAAUAGGAUGGUUAAGUCUUUGAUUAACUUAGAAUUCACUAACAAUAGAUUCUUCUGUGUUGGCUACUAGACAGGAGAAUUAUCAAUCUUUGACAAUACUAACAUGGAAAUAGCUGAAGAAGUCUAAUUUUUCUAGCAUCCACUGGAUAUUUUGGUGGAGAGUAAAGAAAACAUUAAACUUAAAAGCUGUAUAAUAGGUGCUAGCAGGAAAUCACAAACGAUUAGACUAGUGAGUUACAGAAAUAAUACAGAAACUAUUGUGGACGUAGGCUAGAUCAAAGUAAGAUCCAAUGUCUGCAAUCUACAUGAACUCAGAGAUUUAAACAUUGCUGUUGCUUUAUAAAAUGGAGAUGUUGAAAUUUGGAAUAUUCUUAAAUCUAAUGCUCCUUAGAGGACUUUGAAAAGUUUUGAUAACAUCAUAACUAAGGUUGUAAGCCUUGAAUUAGGCUAAAUUUUAAUGGGUGUGACUAAAGAUGCGAGAUUUAUGUUUUGGAAAAUUUUCAAUGGCCAGCCUAUACUAUAAUCUGAUUACCCUGUACAUACAAAAAAGGUAACUGGAGUUAUAGUUCAUGGUGACAAGAUAUUUACUUCGAGUCAUGACUCUAGCAUCAGAGCUACCUCCUUGAUUUAUAAAUACUGA